UGGGUGGUGACCGGGAUGGAUUCCAAGGGACCGCUAGGACCAGCAAGGGCAAGGGAGGGAUUCGGACGUGGGGACACCUUCGGGGACCACCUGCAGCAUUUGUGCUUUUCACCCAGCCACGCCGUUAACGAGAUCACUGAGGCCAAACGAGAUGGCGGACGCACAGGAACGCGAGCAAGUCUUCGAGCUGGUCGUGAAGCAGACCUUCCUGGAAUUCGUGCCUUCGGAGCCACGGACUUCGCUCGGGCUCGCGGCCCGCAGCCACAGUGCACCGCCCCCACCGAGGAGCAGCGAAGCGACGGAAGAUGUGGAAGAUGACUCGAAUCAGUCCGCCUCCUCGUAUCAGGCUGAGAAGGCUGAAGACACAGACCAUGAGGGUGAACAUUCCAUCGGUUCCACAUCACACCGGGUCGGGCUUUGCAAGCCAUGUGCUUGGUACUGGAAACCUGGAGGAUGCAUGAAUGGCGCCCAGUGCAGGCACUGCCACCUCUGCCCCCACGGCGAGCUCGGCCGUCGCAAGCGCAUGAACCGGAAAAUCGCCCGCAACACGCGACAGGCCCAGGCAGACGACCCGGCGCCCGCCCAGUCCCUCCAGAGCGACUCCGAGACCGCCGAGCCUGAGCCCGAGAUGGAGGUGACCAGUUCCGAGGUCGACGCCACGCCCCUGUCGCUGUUCCACGCGGUGCCAGUCCACGAUGGGUCGAGCGAUCGCCUUGGACCGCACAUGCUGCAGGCGCCGGGCAUGCCGCCGUUGACGCACCCGCCGCCGAUGUGGCGGCCGGGCUAUGGUCGGGCCCAGACGUGGAGCACCACGCCGAGCUCCGCACGACCGAGCUUUGUGCGAAGGGCCCAAACCUGGCAAAGCGCGCCGAGUCCCACGCCAGGCUCUAGCAGCAUCUCUGCAGCGGCAAUGCCGCUCAGCGCGGGUGCUCUUGCCGAAGGCGUCGCUCGCGUGCCGGUCUUUGUGAUCCUGCCGGUAUCGGCCGCGUUGGAGGAUGUCCCGGCUUUUUGUCAUCCAUGAAACCAGCCCAAAGGUGACCCAUGUGCCAUCUCAGUGGAAUGGGGCGAGCCAGAUGUGAUCGUGUGUGGUUUGAAGAAGUUGGAUGAGUUAACCAGGAAAAGAAUGAA